AUGGCUACCAACCAAGCCUCAACCCUGGAUGCUAUCCGUACGGACCCGGACAUUCCCGGGACGGUUGAUAUGAGCCUUUCUGAGGGUCAAGAGUCGACUGCCUACGGACUGGCCCUCUACCCAGUUCCCUCUGAUGACCCCAACGAUCCUCUUCGGUGGCCAAAAUGGAAAAAGACCACGCUCUUACUGCUAGUAUCUAUCUACUCGUUCCUUGCAAACGGAAGCUUGUUCGGUCCAACUGUAUACGUCAACUACCUGGCUCUCAAAUUCCACAAGACGCCAAGCCAGACUUCUCAGCUGACCACGUACCCAAACUUGCUGUUUGGUUUCGGCUCUCUAAUAUUCGUGCCAAUGUAUCGUAAAGUCGGCCGCCGUCCUGUCAUGCUGAUAUCCCUUGUGCUGUACUGUGCCGGUCUCCUAGGAAGUGCCCUCUCCAAUUCAUACGGCACACUCCUUGGCUUCCGAAUGCUCCAUGCUUCCGCCUCUUCUGUCUGCGAGGCUCUUCCCGCGCAGGUUGUCGCAGAUGUCUUCUUUCUCCACGAGCGUGGCACAGCCCUUGGAUGGUAUACCUUUGCGCUUACGACUGGCACUCUGUCUGCUGUCGCCGCCAGCUAUAUGCUUGCAGGGGGCCACUCCUACAACCUCUUCUUCUGGGUUGAGUUUGUGGUCGGUUGUGCCUUGCUACUUGCUGUUUUCUUUCUCUUUGAAGAAACCAUGUUCUUCAGGGAUAGCCAGAUCCCUGGCGUUUCACUGAACGCUGAUGGUUCGGAGAGACUCCAAAAAGACGAGGAGCAGCAGACUACCGAGGAGAUCGAGAUCCAGGCAACGCCGCGAACCUACGUUCGUGACAGUUACUGGCAACAACUCAAGUUUGUUAGGAGAACAGAUCCAAACUCUCCGAUUUUCAUGAUGAUGAUUCGAUCGUUCACAUAUUUUGUGGUUCCACCGGUCUUCUGGGUCUGCACAACCUAUGGAACAAUUCUUGGCCUGGCAGCCCUAGCUUUCACUGCAACAUUCCCCGGUAUUGUAGCGGCUCCGCCUUAUUCCUGGCCAAUUGAAAACACAGGACUUGUAGCCGUUGCAGCAUUUAUUGGCUACCUCGCUGCCGCUGGGCCAUUCAGUUCGCUCCCCGAUCGAUUCUCCGCCAGAUUAGCCAAGAAGAACAACAACAUCUACGAAGCUGAGCAUCGUCUGUGGUGUCUCAUCGUGGUGAUUUUUGUAUCUCCCGCAUCUCUGAUCCUAUACGGAUACUCAGCCGAGAAACAGCUUCACUGGUUCGGUUUAGUCUUCGCAGUUGGGCUCUUCCAAUUUGGGGCCUUCUUCUUCUUGACGUAUACACUAGCGUAUGCAAUGGACUCGUAUGAAGCAAAUGUACCAGAGAUGUUGAUUGCGAUGAAUAUUGGCAAGCAAGCGAUCUCUUUUGGGUUUGGAUAUGAGGUCAUCAACUGGAUCAUGAAAGAUGGGUAUGUGACGGUAUUUGCGGGAAUAUUCUGCAGUGUUUUGUUGGUUAAUAACCUUGCCGUCUUUGUCUUUUUGGUCUUUGGAAAGCGUCUUAGAGCAUGGUAUCCGCGAACUCGUCUGGCCAAGAUUCACAAGGCAAGCAUCCAUUGA